GCAACGCGUCGACCAAGUUGUUGCUGCUGCUGCUGCCUGCUGUCUGCCUUCCGUUUUGCCACUGAAGAGGCGCAACAGUGUUAAACCAUAAACAUUUAAAUACAAGUAUAUAUAGAUUAUUUGUCGAAAUCGCUUAAAAGAGAGUGUUCGCUGCUCGGCUGAGCAAAUCGAAUUAAAAUUUCAUGAAAGCACAUUAAUAAGGAAAUUGCUUUUUAAACGCUGAACUGCACUCCACGCACACACACACUCGGAAUGCCGCGGCUGUGCGAGUGCUUUUAGAGCAUAUUGCGCAUACGACACGUAGAGCGCAAGGAUAAGUCAACAUAUUGUUGCGAAUUAUUGCGUGUAAGCGAGUCAAAGACAAUAAAUUGUUCGCAUACUCCGCUCAACUCGUGUGUGUGAAAAGCAAAAACAACAGAAAACAAAAAAAAAGGGACAUGGAUAUUGUCAUACGUGAGGAGGACAUAUCGUUGACGCAGAUUGGCAUCUAUGCGUCUGUCUCAUUCCUUGUCGUCUCGGCGGUCGGUGCUGCUCUCUAUACGACCUGCUCGAGACGUUAUCGCUUGAAUUGGUUUGAACAGAACCUCUUGGAGUCGGCCAGCGAGAAGGAUGAGGAGCAACAGAGCCGUGAGGCACUCGUUGCCGGUGCCGUUGGCUACAAUGUGGACAAUGUGAACGAGUGUGUGGCACGCAGCAAAUUGGUCAGCAAUAAUGCCGGCAAUUUGAGUCCCACUUCACUCAAGUCCGAGGAUGCUGAUCCCGCCUUCUGGGUGCCCGCAUCCACAGUGACGAACACAGCGGCCGCAGUCCAACAGCAGGUCUCGAAUACCACCGAAGAGUCGGCACCCCCCACACCCACUUCGCCCACUGGCAGCCUCAAGUCAAACACAUUAUCCUACUGCUCGACAACCUCGGCGGUGCCCAUUGCCCGCUCCGACAAGCAUGUUGUACUCGCCAUGCAUCCCGGUCGCCCGAGGGUCUCCUCGAUGAAUGCCAAACUGGAUCACACCAAAAUCGACAUGACCUUGUAUCGCAGCCAGCACUCUCAGCCUAAAUCUUCCUCGCCCUCAGCAGUAGUUAAUGAAGUACGCGGCAAUUUACAUGUCACCCUAAGCUACGAUCCUGCUGCAGGUUUGCUUAAUGUGCGUCUACUGGAGGCGCAAAACUUGCAACCGCGACAGUUCAGUGGCACAGCCGAUCCGUAUGCUAAGAUACGUUUGCUGCCCGACAAGAAAAACUUUUGGCAAACUCGCAUACACAAGAAGACACUCAGUCCAGUUUUUGACGAGCACUUUGUGUUUGAGGUCACAGCAGGUGUGAUUGACAAGCGCACUUUGGAGAUACUUCUGUACGAUUUCGAUGCCUAUUCACGCCAUGUUUGCAUUGGCGGAACCAAGCUGCACUUGGCCCAUUUGGAUCUCAGUGAGCAGCUGAAACUCUGGACACCUCUAACAUCAGCAUCGGCACAGGACAUGAAAGUAGACUUGGGCGAUAUAAUGGUCUCAUUGGCUUAUCUUCCAUCCGCCGAACGCUUGAUGGUUGUCUUGAUUAAGGCCAGAAAUCUGCGUAUUGUGGACGAUGCUCGCAACUCUUCGGAUCCGUAUGUCAAAGUGUCACUGCUGGGACCAGGUGGCAAAAAGUUGAAGAAGCGCAAGACUGGCGUACAGCGUAAUACCGUUAAUCCAGUCUAUAACGAGGCUUUAGCCUUCGACGUGGGCAAGGAGACGCUUAAGAAUUGUCUGCUAGAGUUCACAGUCGUGCAUGACAGUCUCUUGGGUUCUAGCGAAAUACUGGGUCGGGCAUUAAUCGGCAACUCACCCGAUGUGCUGCACGAGGAGAAAAUCUUUUUCGAGGAAAUGUUUCGUGCCAAGAACGCAACCGCUCAGUGGGUUCCGUUGCAGGAGCCGGGUAACAACUUGGGUGCCACAGCCAAGACAACAACCAACAAGAACUAGAGUCCACAGCGAGGACAAAAACUGUUGUGUUUCAGCUAGUAGAAAAAAAUACCUCACGAGGUCACUUGGCAAAUAAAUUUUUAUGGGAAUUUGCAGGGAUACAUUUAAGAAGGAAGCAGAAUGAGAAUGCGCGAAAUAUUUAAAUCAAAUAUAUAUAUACAUAUAUACAAUAUGAAGUACUAAACAUAAAAAUAGAAACCAACUAUUUUCAACCACCUAAACUUUAUGUGCUUUCCGGUAGUAUUAAUUACUCGACUAAUCAAAGAUUAUACUAUAAAAUCAAAUUAUAAUCGUAUGUAUUCAAAAUACCUAUAUGUAUGUGCUAUGUACUAUAUAUGUCAAAAAGUACCUAAGAUGCAGUUAUAUAAGAAAUAUAUCUCUAACAAAUAAUUAUAUUAAUUAGAGCUCAACCGAAUUUCAAAUUACAAAAAUUAUUAUUCGGUAAACUAUCAAAACGAAAAUCGGAAAAGUUCUAUAUAUACUAUUUAUAUACAUAUAUUUACCACCCAGUUAUUUGCAUAGUCAAAGCUUAGAAAAUCGCACCUCAAACUAUAGACAAAACUAUCGCAUAUUUUUCGGUAUAUCUUUUAGCUGGAUAUUAUGAGAGGUUUCAGAUCGAACACAAAAAAUGGGCACAAAAGUUGAAUAUUUUCCAUUCUGCAGUUAAAUAUAUCAAAGAUAUAAAGUUUAUGAUGAUCAUUGUUAUACUAAUACAAUUAAUAGCAUAGUCUUAGCUGAAAUGCAUUAUUCUAUAACCGAAACAAUCGUGUAAUAAUAUUGCUAAAAAUAAAACUUCUUCAACUCAAAAA